AUGUUAAAUCAGAGAAUCCACCCGGGCAUGCUCUUACUCCUGAUGUUUCUGUGCCACUUCAUGGAAGAUCACACAGUACAGGCUGGGAACUGCUGGCUCCGGCAGGCGCGGAACGGCCGCUGCCAGGUCCUCUACAAAACCGACCUCAGCAAGGAGGAGUGCUGCAAAACCGGCCGCCUGACCACUUCGUGGACGGAAGAGGACGUCAACGACAACACACUUUUCAAGUGGAUGAUUUUUAAUGGGGGAGCCCCAAACUGCAUCCCGUGCAAAGAAACAUGUGAGAACGUGGACUGUGGACCCGGGAAGAAAUGUAAAAUGAACAAGAAGAACAAACCUCGGUGUGUUUGUGCUCCGGAUUGCUCUAAUAUCACUUGGAAGGGCCCUGUGUGUGGCUUAGAUGGGAAAACCUACAGAAACGAGUGUGCCCUUCUCAAAGCCAGAUGUAAAGAGCAGCCCGAACUUGAAGUCCAGUAUCAGGGCAAAUGCAAAAAGACCUGUAGGGAUGUUUUAUGCCCAGGCAGCUCCACAUGUGUGGUUGAUCAAACUAAUAAUGCCUACUGCGUGACAUGUAAUCGAAUUUGUCCAGAGCCUACCUCCCCUGAACAGUAUCUAUGUGGAAAUGACGGCAUAACUUAUGCCAGUGCCUGCCACCUGAGGAAAGCUACCUGUCUACUGGGAAGAUCCAUUGGAUUAGCCUAUGAAGGAAAAUGCAUCAAAGCCAAAUCCUGUGAAGACAUUCAGUGCAGUGCUGGGAAGAAGUGCUUGUGGGAUUUUAAGGUUGGCAGAGGUCGUUGUGCCCUCUGUGAUGAGCUGUGCCCUGAAAGCAAGUCAGAUGAGGCAGUCUGUGCCAGCGAUAACACAACUUACCCAAGCGAGUGUGCCAUGAAAGAGGCAGCCUGCUCCAUGGGUGUGCUUCUAGAAGUAAAGCACUCUGGAUCUUGCAACUCCAUUAAUGAAGACCCAGAAGAUGAAGAGGAAGAUGAAGACCAGGACUACAGCUUUCCUAUAUCUUCCAUUCUAGAGUGGUAA